AUGGAGGACAUUAGAACGGCAAUAAAAUUACUUUCAGAAGACUCGUUCAUGGCGAGUAUAGAUCUUCGAGAUGCUUUUAAUUUAAUAUCAAUUCAGGUUAGCAAUAGAAAAUUCUUAAGAUUUUCCUGGAAGGGCCAAUUAUUUGAAUUCACUUGUCUUCCGUUCGGGUUGUGUACUGCCCCAUGGGUGUUUACGAAAUUACUUAAACCGGUCGCAAAUUUACUAAGAGAAUCAGGCCUCAUGUCAGUGGUUUACUUAGACGAUUGGCUCUGCUUAGGCAAAACUUACAAUUCAUGUCAAAUCAACGUUCAAAAGACUAUUGAGAUUCUCGUUAAUUUAGGUUUCGUCAUUAACUACGAAAAAAGUGAUCUCACCCCUGAAAUUAAAAAUAAAGCAAGUUGUCGUAUCAGGGAUUUUGCGCAAUUAGUUGGAUCUCUAACUGCUGCAUGUCCAGCAGUAGAGUACGGUUGGUUGCAUACAAAGUCGUUUGAACGUCAUAGAUAUCUGGAGUUUGACUGGUGGUUAAAUACCAUUCCUAAAACAUCGAACCCUAUCAGAUCUGGAAAUUACAAAUUCGAAAUUUUUUCAGACGCCUCAGGAUCAGGUUGGGGAGCGUUUUGUAAAAACGAACUUACUCAUGGGUUUUGGACAGAUCUAGAAAGAAAAGAGCAUAUUAACUACUUAGAGUUGUUAGCGGCCUAUCUCGGCCUUAAAUGUUUCGCGAAAAACCUAAGAGAUUGCGAGAUACUGUUGAGAAUUGACAACACAACAGCUAUCUCUUAUAUAAACCGAAUGGGCGGAGUCCAAUUCCCAAAGCUUAACGAAAUAACGCGAAAAAUUUGGUCUUGGUGCGCACAGCGAAAAUUAUGGCUGUUUGCGUCAUAUAUCGCGUCGAAAGAUAACAUCGAGGCCGAUCGGGGUUCGCGUAUUAGAAACAUCGAUACAGAAUGGGAAUUAUCAGACAUAGCUUAUUCGCAGGUAGUUAAAUCUUUCGGAGCUCCAAAUCUAGACCUUUUCGCAUCAAGAUGUAAUGCCAAGUGUGAAAAAUACUGCUCAUGGCAUCGAGACCCUGAAGCAUUCGUGGUCUCUUCAACAUCCGCUGUCCAGGUCUCUAACACUGAUGGUAGCGAAAGUAUCAGGGAAGCCUUUCGAAGGAAAAACAUUCCGGCACAGACAAUAAAUAUCUUGAUAGCAUCGUUAGCAGAAUCUACCAUCAAACAAUAUUCUGUGGCCAUCAAGCAAUGGUUGUCAUUUUGUAUUAAGAACGGAAUAAAUGCUUACGAAGCAAGUGAAAAUCAGGCAUUGGAAUGGUUGACGGAACGUUUUCACGAUGGGGCAUCCUAUGGUAGUCUCAACAACUGCCGAGCAAUAUUAGGGUUGUUAAUCGGUGAAAACGUUUCACAAGGGACAACUGUGUCACGGUUCUUUCGCGGAGUCUUUCGAAUGAGACCUACUAAACCUCGUUAUGAAGAAACCUGGGACGUUUCCCCAGUUUUAAAAACAAUUGCCGAAUUGUAUCCAUUAAAUUCACUAUCAUUACCUCAACUUACUUCUCGUUUAACCAUUCUAUUAGCAUUGGCAACCGCACAUAGGAUGCAAACAUUAGCACUAAUAAAAUUAGAAAAUAUAACCGAAAACGAGAACGGUUUCUCGAUAAGAAUCGAUAGUUUAAUAAAAACGUCGCGUCCUGGAGUACGACAACCACUUCUUUUGCUACCAAGGUUUUCAGAAAAACCUAAAUUAUGCGUCGCAAGCACACUGGAAGCAUAUCUUGAAAAAACGAAGCAUCUUCGAGGCAACAUCGCUAAUCUACUACUAACCACUAGGAAUCCUUACAAACCAGCUAAUCCACAAACCAUUUCGAGAUGGAUUAGAGCCUUCUUAGUAAAUAGUGGUAUUAACAGUAAAUUUAAAGCCUACAGUACGAGACAUGCUUCGACCUCGGCCGCGCUUAAAAAAGGCGUCGAUUUAAGCAUUAUAAAAAGCACAGCAGGGCAUGAUGCUGCAUCUAUUGUUAUCACAAAUGCGAAUGGUGAGGUAACUGGUAAUCAUAAUGAAAUACAUCAUUAUGAAGAAAAUAGAUAUGUUGGUCCAGUUGAGGCAGUUUGGAGAAUUCUAAGUAAACCUUUAGGGAAAAAGAGUCAUAGCGUUAAUCGCUUACCCAUACAUUUGCCAAAUGAACAGAAUGUUAUUAUUCGAGAAGAAAAAGAUAGUACCGGCAUUUCUUUCGAUUUAAAUGAAAAUACAAAACUUCUGGAUUUUUUCAAACUUAACCAACGAGAUAGUAAUGCUGAAAAGUAUUAUUAUUCAGAAAUACCAGAGCAAUAUACAUGGGUAACAAAAUCUUUUGAAUGGAAACAAAGAAUUGGUAAAGAAAAAGUAUUAGGAAGAAUGUAUUCAGUUAAUCUACAUGAAUUGGAGUUAUUUCACCUUAAAUUAUUGUUGCUCACAGUAAAAGGAGCAUUUUCUUUUGAAAGUUUAAGAACAGUUAAUGGAGUUGUUCAUAAAUCUUUUACAACUGCUUGUUUGGCAUUAGGACUUGUAGAAGAUGAUAGUAUAGCUGCGACUCUGCUUCCUAAUGGAAAAACUGUUCAUAAAGUUUUAGGUUUACCCGUUCCAUUAUACAAUGUUAAUAUUUGGGAUAAAGCACCAAUGGCUUCAAAAUAUGCUUUAGAAAUUAUGGAUUAUCUAUUAAGGGAUAUAAUGAAUUCCAACGAACCUUUUGGUGGUAAAAUUGCAAUUCUAGGCGGCGAUUUUCGGCAAAUUUUACCAAUUAAAGAACAAGGGGCCUAG